GGAAAAUCAUCAGAAACGUUCAUGCGGCUAUGCAUUGGCAUGAUGAAAAUGUCAGUUGGACGUGUGAAUGUGUUUUCAUUUUUAACUGCAGCUGUCACUAAUAACACCACAUCUCCCUUCAUCCAGAGCUGAGGUCCACCGGUACAGCUCAUCACUUCGCCUACCUCCUGAACGCAUCUGACUACCGUAUCCUCCGUAUGGACGAGGACCACGAUCGCAUGUACAUCGGCAGCAAAGACCACAUCCUGUCCCUAGACCUUCAUGACAUCAACAAGAGCCCUCAUAUUAUCCAUUGGCCCGUGUCUGAACGAAGAAGAAUGGAAUGCCUCGUGAGUGGAAAAGAUGCCAACGAGGAAUGUGCAAACUUCAUCCGUCUGAUUGAGCCAUGGAACCGGACUCAUCUGUACAUCUGUGGAACUGGGGCUUACAACCCAGUCUGCACCUUUGUCAACCGUGGCCGCAAACCUCAGACGUCCAUGUAUCUGCUGAUGGCCCAGGCCAGAGGAAGGGCUAACCGCGCAGCCGAACCCAGCGCGGUGCACGAAACCCUUGGACUGAAGGAAGAAAUCUUCCAUUUGGAGCCAGGAAAAGUGGAAUCUGGGAAGGGAAAGUGCUCCUACGACCCGAAGCUCAACAGUGUGUCUGCUUUGAUUAAUGGUGAACUGUAUGCUGGGGUCUAUGUUGACUUCAUGGGAACAGACUCGGCUAUUUUCCGAACUUUGGGAACAAAGACUGCUAUGCGGACAGAUCAGUACAACUCCAGAUGGUUGAAUGACCCCACCUUCAUUCAUGUACACCUUAUCCCGGACAGUGCAGAGAGAAAUGAUGACAAGCUGUAUUUUUUCUUCCGGGAGAAGUCCUCAGAGAUGGGCCAGACCCCCGUGACCCAGUCCCGGAUAGGACGGAUCUGCCUGAAUGAUGAUGGGGGUCACUGCUGUCUGGUCAACAAGUGGAGCUCCUUCCUGAAGGCCAGGCUCAUCUGCUCCGUGCCAGGGUCUGACGGCAUGGAAACACACUUUGACGAGCUUCGAGAUGUGUACAUACAGCCAACGCAGGACACAAAAAAUCCUGUGAUUUACGGCGUCUUCACAGUCUCUGGCUCUGUGUUUAAAGGCUCAGCAGUAUGUGUGUACUCUAUGGCUGAUAUCCGCAUGGUAUUCAAUGGACCAUUUGCCCACAAAGAGGGCCCCAAUUACCAGUGGGUGGCCUACACUGGGAAGAUGCCCUACCCUCGACCCGGCACGUGCCCCGGAGGUACGUUCACCCCCAGCAUGAAGUCCACAAAGGACUACCCAGAUGAAGUGAUUAACUUCAUGAGGAAUCACCCUGCCAUGCACAACGCAGUCUACCCAGUGCACAAGCGCCCCCUAGUGGUUCGGACCAAUGUGGACUAUGAGUUCACCACCAUUUCAGUGGACCAAGUGACGGCUGCGGACGGCAACUAUGAAGUGCUUUUCUUAGGCACAGACAAGGGAACGGUUCAGAAAAUCAUCGUUCUGCCCAGAGAUGACUUGCAGACUGAGGAGCUGGUCCUGGAGGAGGUUGAGGUUUUCAAGGUCCCCACUCCUAUAACAACAAUGAAGGUCUCGUCCAAAAGGGGCAAAACUGGUCUGACCCCUUCAGACGUAGCCGGAGGCAGGACGUCAAGUAUGGAAACCCCAUCCGUCAGUGCAGAGGCUUCAACUCCAACGCCAAUAAGAACACUGUAGAGAUGGUGCAGUACGGGGUGGAGGGAAGCAGCACCUUCCUGGAGUGUCAGGCGCGCUCUCCUCAUGCUCUCAUCAAAUGGCAUCUGCAGAGGGACAACAGUGACCGCAGGAAAGAGAUGCGUUCCGAUGGUCGGGUUUUGAAGACGGACCAGGGUCUGCUCAUGCGGUCUCUCCAGCCCUCGGACUCCGGCAUGUACCAGUGCACGGCCACAGAGAAGAACUUCAAGCACACGCUCGUCAAGCUGCAGCUGGUGGUGUUGUCGAGUCGUGCCGUCAACAACGCGCUGGUGGACGGCGGCGGMUGGCUGGUGCCAUCGACUCCUCACUCUUCCGGGAGCCAGUGGACCGCCAGCGCGGGCCAGUACAAGGACUUGCUGACCAUUCUGAGCCAGCCGGAAAUGAGCCUGAUCAACCAGUACUGCCAGGACUACUGGCAGUUCGGAGACCCUCUGGUCGGCGCCCUGAAGGCCAAAGACUUAAAGGAGCUCAAAGAACAGAAGAAGCCUCGCAACCGCCGACAUCACAGGGGUGAGYCAGUGGAGGAAGAGGAGGAGGAAGAGGAGCAGCAGGGAGCUGAAACAUGAGGAAACUGACUUUGUGUUUGAAACAUCUUCAACACACUUUUCCCCCCACCCUCACACCCACCCCUGUGAAAACUGGGAGAGACUCAAAGAGAGUAGCAUCAUGGGGAAAAAAAAUUCUACAAACUGACAAAAAAGAAAAUCAAACUGAGAGAAAGAGGCUUCCAAACAAACCCCCACAUACAUCCCUGCAAACAGUAAGAUAUAUGAAACAGUAUUUAUUGUAGGUUGUAUAUAGUAUCAUUCUGUGGAUUCCUUUGUACUUAUAAAAAAUGCUCUUUGUGUAUAGGUAUUUUUGGGGGCAAAUAUUGUUCUUGUUGUUCAUUUUAAUGUUGCUGUUACUGUCUUUACAAAACUCUUUUGUCUGCAUCAUUUGAACUUUAGGGGAUGUGUUUUUCAAGCAUGCGAGCUGUUCAGAGCAAACUAAGCUGUCUGUGUGAGACGAGUUGAUAAAGAGGUGAUGGGAGACUUUUUUUUCUUUUAWAAUGAAUAAGACUUUUUAUGUCUGGACACUCCUGCAGCCUCCUCUUGGCUACGGACAGACUUCAUGUUGGAGGACCAUUGACUGGUGGUCUCUGGUGUAAUGGGGGAUAUUGUCUUUUCUCAAUGGGAAUCUGUUUUCUAUUAAUAAUUAGAGGACUUACUAUAAAAUAACUUGGACCGUUACAACAUGCCAGCCCAGGUCUUAUACAUUUUUAAAAGGAUUUACAUUCUCUUAAAUGAGCUAUGACAAAUUUUGUCCUUGUUCUCUUAAUAUCUUUUAUUAAAAUCAAGUCAAUAAGUUCCAUA